CUGUCUCUGCUGCCGGCAGGCAUGGCGCUCACCCUCUCCUAUGUGCUGCUCGCUUUCCUCACCCUGCUGCUCCUGUCCUGGGGUUCAGGGACUCUCAAGAGUCAAGUGGUUCUUGUGACUGUAGGAGAGCCUGUGUCGAUGGAGUGUCCUUUCCACAAGGACAACAGCACCAGCAAUCCCUUCUAUGAGAUCCUCUGGAGCCAUAGGAAUGAGUCGAGAAGGGUCCUGCAAUUUAGGAUGACACGGUCUAAUCAGUCCUGUGUGUAUGACAGUGAAGGCCACUUCAGCGGCGUUCUGGAUUUUGGAAGGAGCGUGAGCUUUCUCUACAUCUCAGCAGUGCUUAUGAAUGACACUGGCCCUUACUUUUGCUAUGUGAAGAUAGGGCACAGCGAUCCAACUAGAAAGAUGAUUUACCUGCUCAUUGGAGGUCAGCAGCCCUGGGCAGCCCCUGGGGACCUCAGCUAUUCUGCACCUCAAGGCAGUAAAGUCUCCUUGGACUGUGAUUUCCCCGCUAACCUGACUGACAACUUCACAGACCUCUUCUGGCUGCACAAACGAGACCAGAGCCCACCCCGACUCAUAGCAUGGCAUCUCAGGUCCAGUUUCCAGGUUGAGAACGGCAGCAUUGGAAGUCGUUUCCAGAGCUCAUUAGAUCUGGAAAAUCACCGGAGCCGUCUCACCAUUACUGGGUUGGAAGAGAAGGACAGUGGCUGGUACCAGUGUCAGAGAGGCCUGGGAGAGCUUUCUGGUGGGCAGAGAGGGAGGGGAACCAACCUCACUGUGAAAGGCUCUUCAUCUGUCCUGCUGGUGUGUUUGCGUAGCGCUGUGUUUGCUGUGAUUGCUCCGUGCUUGUAUGUUCUGUACAGGUAUUAUGUCCAGCUGAGGAGACGGAACACCUUGGCAGACAGACUGCAUCCCCACUGUGGGCCUUUGGAGACCAUCUACAUCAGCACUGGCAGCACGGAGUACAGCGUGAGUGUGGCCCCAGGCACCACAGAGCUCUGGAGGCAGCCAGGCAAAGCCCAGGGAUUGCUGAUUCCCCACUGCAGUGGUACAGGAGCUGGUGGCCAGGAGCCCUGGGGAAGAAGCUGUGGCCAUGCUCCUGCCUCGCAUGUAGGACAGCAGCAGAUGUGGGGCUCCUCUGCUGCCAUGGGGUAACCAAGGCUGUUUUGUUUGUUCACAGCUCCUCACUUUCCCAGGAAGGAACCCUGCAGCAGGGGACGAGGGACAAAGAUGACAGCCCAGAAGGGCCCAGCAGGACGCAUGCUGUGUUCAUGGCACCAUGGAUAAUUCUUCUCCAUUGUGUAUCAUGCAAAGGUCUCUAGCAAACUCCUCUCUCCUUCAGUGGUUGUUUCUUCUGUUCAAUUAAAUCCUCUUGAGAACAAA